CAAGAACAAAUCACUACACUAUGACUGAAACUGCUGUUCAAAAGAUUGUAAUAGCGGGAGGGGGAGUCGCCGGAAUUUCGCUGGCACAUCAUUUGCUCCGACAGACAGUACCGGCCCUGACCGAUGGCCUUGGUCAAUCUUAUCAUGUCACUCUCAUUUCACCAUCAUCGCACUUCUAUUGGAAAGUCGCAGCUCCACGGGUUUUGGUGGACCCCAAUUCAAACCUUCCAGAGCCCUUUGUGGCUAUCGCAGAUGCAUUUGAGGAAUAUCCCGAAUCGCGAUUCACUUUCAUCCAGGCCCGUGCUACAGAUCUCAACAAGGAAGCUCGAAAUCUCCAAGUACAGCUGGCAGAUAGUAGUGAAGUUAUCUCUGUGGGAUACGAUUCUCUCGUGAUUGCCACCGGAACAACCACUCACAGCCCUCUGUUCUCUUCAGCCGAGACCCACGCCGAGACGAAGCGUGUACUCGGGGAAAUGCAAAAUCGCUUACGCGACGCCCAAUUAAUCCUCGUGGCUGGUGGGGGGCCGACUGGAGUCGAGACGGCAGGGGAGCUAGGAGCAAUGAGACAAUACUGGUCCAGUCCAAAGAAAUCAAUUACCUUGUUAUCCGGCAAUGCAUGUCUGCUCCCCCAUGCCAAUCCUCGGACCUCUUCGACAGCUGAGCAAAUGCUCCAAAAGCUGAGUGUUGAUGUGGUUCACGGAGUCCGGGUCACUUCUGCGGGCCAGAAAAAGGACGGUCAAGGCUCAUGGGAGGUGACUCUGAGCGAUCAUUCUACGCGAACAGUCGAUGUCUACAUUGACGCAACGGGGUGCACGCCUAAUACUGCAUUUUUACCGUCGGAGUGGCUCGAUUCCAGAGGUUACGUCAAGACUGACCGAUCCAGUCUGCGAGUACAGGAUACUCCUGGAGUCUACGCGUUGGGGUCAGUUACCUCGUUCACCAAUGGAAGUUUCUUCGACGCAAUCGAGCCCGUUCCACCUCUCGCCGACAGUUUCCGGGACGACCAAUUGGCGCGGUAUCCUGAGGUGUCUUCUCGGAGCCAGACUUGGUGGGAAUGGAUAUUCGGUCGUCCGACACGAUUGUAUCAGCAAAAGACAUCGCUGACGCAGUUUGUAGCUGUGGGCAGAGACGGAGGUGUCGGGGAACUUGGGGGCUGGCGAGUGCCAAGUGCUUUAGUAUACAAGGCCAAGACAAAAACUUACAUGGUGGAGAAGAUGCAAUCGAUUGUAUACGGGCGAGAUACUCGUCGGACGUAGCAGAUGUCAGGCCCAAACGGGAG